AUGAAAAAUCCAGAAAUUCAAGCUUCACAACGUUGGAUUGUACAAAAUUGUAAAAAAUACCCAAAAUGUUCUUGUCGUAUAGAAAAAGCGGAUGGAUGUGAUCAUAUGACAUGUAGUAAAUGUCGUUAUGAAUUUUGUUGGUCAUGUUUGGCUAAUUAUGAAGCUAUUCGACGACAUGGAAAUCAUCAGCAUGAUUCUCGUUGUAAACACUAUGUACGAUAUCAUAGUUAA